AUGGCCGAGAGCAUUGUUUCCACUACGUUAGAAACUCUUUGGGGUUUGUUAAAAGAAGAGGCAAAACUCUUAUCUGGAGUGAAUGCCAAAGUUAAUGAACUAUGCAGAGAAUUUAGGAGAAUGCAAUGCUUCCUCCAAGAUGCUGAUGCAAGACAAUACAAAGACCAGAGUGUGCGAAACUCUAUACAAGAAAUAAGAAGUCUUGCUUAUAAAGCGGAGAAUGUUGUCGAAACUUAUAUUAUUGAAAUUUCAUCCAGAAGAGGAAGAGGCUGCAAAAAAUCAUGCAAAAGGUUUUUCUGCAUACUGAAUGAGCUUAAUGCGCUCCAUACAAUUGGUUUUGGGAUUGAAAGUAUUAGAUCCGAAAUAGUUGAAGUUACCAAAAGUUUGCAAGCUUACGGCAUAAAAGAAAUAGAUGGAGGAGAAAGCUCGAGUCGUGCUGCAAAUGAGAAAGACCGCUGGCUACGGAAAACUUGUGACGACCCCAUCUCCCCCUAG